GCCUUGGCGCUUCCGGGUCCCGCUGCGUGCUUUAAGAGUAACAAGAGUCGGAACGCUGGCGGCCGACCGUUAAACGGCCCAAGCGGCGACUCCUUCUUCCCUCGACCCUCCCGUCUCAUCGCCACUGCCAGCAACAAGAGCAGCGUCCAGCCCGAACCGAGCGGUGCCCUCCACCCACCCACUCCCCUACCUGACACUCUACCGAGUCUAACCCCCUCCCCCCACGGGGGCUGGGCCAACUCAGCUCAGCUCAGGCCGGGCCGAGGCCUUCUUAGUUAGGUACUUUUGUGGCAAUAGCUCGCUUGUCCGCCAUCCUCGGACCGGGCUGGAGAGGGAGAGCGGCGCCGAGCCCUCCGGCUGGAGUCUGCACUCGUCCCCUCGCCCCAUUCUUUCCUUCCCCUCCCUCUGUCCGCCGUCGAGGACCUCGGCUCGGCCCGGCCCCCCGCGUCGCCGCUUGCCGGUUUGCUUUCUGCUGGACAUUGUUUACAUUUGCCUUUCACUCCGAUAUCAAGAAUUGGCUGCCCAACUGACGAUGUGCAGCACUAUCUAGAUGGUAUGCAGUCUGUUGGUCAGUUGGAUAACAAGCCAUACCCAUGGAACCAGACAAUGAUGUUGCACUGGAUAUUUUGAUAACAAAUGUGGUCUGUGUCUUUAAAACAAGAUGCCAUUUAAAUCUGCGCAAGAUUGCACUGGAAGGAACAAACGUGAUCUACAAAAGAGAUGUAGGGAAGGUGUUAAUGAAACUGAGGAAACCCAGAAUAACGGCAACAAUUUGGUCUUCAGGGAAAAUUAUAUGCACUGGAGCUACAAGUGAAGAAGAUGCAAAAACUGGUGCUCGAAGAUUAGCCCGUGUUCUGCAGAAACUGGGUUUUCAGGUAAAGUUUGCUGGAUAUAAAGUAGUCAACGUUCUGGCUGUAUGUACAAUGCCAUUUGAAAUAAGGCUACCAGAAUUCACCAAAAAGAAUCGUCCAAUUGCAAGCUAUGAGCCAGAACUUCAUCCGGCAGCAUCUUACAGAAUUAAAGCAUUAAAAGCUACACUUCAAAUCUUUUCAACGGGGAGUAUAACAAUAACAGCACCCUGCAUACAGUUUGUUGCUACAGCAGUGGAACAAGCCUAUCCAUUGAUUUUUGAGUCUAGAAAGACGAUCAAAUAACCAUUCCUAUUACGGGACCAUCUUAGUGGCUCUGAAUGGAUGGCUACAGAGGCGAAGUUUACCAUAUAACUAUUCCAGGAAUGGACAUACAGCAAAUGAGAGACUGUGAGAAUAUAUGAACACAAGGCAAAUGUAUUCAUAUUGGGAUGUUAAUAUUGUUUUAUUGUGAACUGUUUACAUGACAUGAUGCUGCUGUUUUUCUUAGGAGAGCCCUCCUUAUAGUCUCUGCAGUAAGGGAACAGGAUUGUAAAAUGUGCACUACAUUUAAAGUUGAACCAUUUUUUCUGGUUGAGCUUAGUGUUUUAUUGUAAGGUCUUUUAAAAAAAAAAAACGUUAUGCUGUAUAUGAAAACCAAAGAUGCCACCAAUGUUGUUCAUUUGGUUAUAGUGUUUAAAUACAAUUAAUAGAUGUGUAUUUAAUUUUAAGUAAGAACCCUGCUAUAAGUCAUAAUUUAUUGAAGAAUUUACAAAUGUUACAAUUUACAUUCAUUGGUGAAUUCAAAAUAUUAUUUGUGAAAGCUAUUUUGACUUUAACGGGUCCUCCCAAGUAAGGAUUGUGGAUGGUCAAAUUAUUUUAAAUUCAGGUAAAUGUGAAUUUGAUGUUUAUUUUUUAAAAGAAUGCAUAUUUGGUGAGCUUAUGAAAAUGGAGGGUUCCUAAAUUUGGAAUCAAAUCACAUCCUAUUAAUUAGAAAAGCUAGUGCAUCAAACCUUUCCUGGAUUUUAGGGUAUUGAAAAUCACUUAAAUAUUUGCAUGGCUGCUUGUUGAUCUUAAUUUUUAAAAUUGAUCAGCUAAAGCUAAAAAGAAAACUUCAUAUACAGCAUCAUCAAAUGGAUCCUAAAAGGCACUGUAAAUUAGUUUUAUUAAAAUAGUUACAUGGUGUGAUGCAUACUGUAUAUCAACCAUUGGAAAUAUAUCAAAACAUAAAAACAAGUAUUGCAUUAAGAUUUUAAAGUAGUAACUUAGGAAACGUAAUAGAAAAAAAUUGGGAAUAAACUAUAUAGCCCAUAAUGCUGCAGAAGUUAAUUUAAACUUAUACCAGGAGCCUCAUGCCUUUUCAAUAAAGAGAAUCUCACUAUUGGUGAGUUCCAGGCGUUUAUCAUUUAUAAUUUGCUACAAACUGAUCAGUGUAACUUUUGAGAUGAAUCUUUCAUACUCCAAAAAGAAUUGCUGCAACUAUUACCAGCGAGAUUUUUUUCUACGCCCAGUUUUACUUGAAAAGAAAUGCUUUAUGAUGCAUAGCAUUGUUCUGAAGUUCCUAACGCAACUUUUUAGCAAAUGUUGCUUUUAAAAAUAAAAAUAAAUCGUCUUAGUUAAUGUCCGUCCACAGUUUCUACCAGAAAAUUUAGCAGUUAGUUUGGCUCUGCUCUGCAUAAUAAAGUAUGACAUUGCCAGUAUUUCAUCAGAUUUUAUUUAUAAUGAGAACAAGAUUUUAGUUCAAUAAAUUGGAUGUUCAAAAAAAAUGAGGCUUGUCAUUAGAAAGCAUGCUGCACUCUAGCAGUGAAUCUGAUCAUUGGCUCAGCAUCCAUAUUUCCAGCCAAACUCCUGUUCCUAGGUUGAGUAUCAAUCCUCACUCGCUGCGAUUACCACCUGUUUGAAACAAGAAUAUUCCAUUGAACUUCAAACAAUGUCAUCUUUUAUCAUUGCAAUUUCAUGUAAUCUGCAAGCAAAAAUUUCAAAUUAUACAGCGCAUAAAUUAGAAUCCAAAUUUACUUGAACAUAAUCCUUUGAGUAUUGGAAAGCACUUUUGAAUAGCAUUUAUUUUUUUUUCUGUUUUAUAGACCAAUUAUGUUUUGUUUUGUAAAUUUCCAGUUCUCUACAAAGUUGAAGUAGAUGGAUGUACACAAUUGUAACAUACCAAUUUACACUAUUCACAUAAUAAAUGUAAUCUUAACUUUCAUGGUUGUUGUUUAUAUUGUGCAGCAAGGCUUCCUUGGUCUCAAAGGGUUAUGUUGAACGACAGAGUGCAUCUGUCAUGUAAAUAGUCACUUCAAAAUCUGUCAGCAUUCUUGCUUAGAUGUUCUGUUUUCAUUCCAAUUGCCAAUAGAUGGAAUUACUUUUAUGCCAUAUCUUGGAAAUCGCCUUUCCUUUUGAAAUUAAGGUGGGAUAAGACAAUUAUGUACCGCAAAGACCAAGUGCUUGUGUUGCUAAAAUGUAGUUGAGUUAGUAGACGUUUUUCAUAGAAAACUUGUAACUUUCAAAUGUAAAUCUGUAAUUUCAGGAAAACGUCUAUAUCUACUCGAUGAAAAUGUGUUUUUGAUUGUUUUGAAACUUUCAGGUGCAAGGUCAGCUUGGUUUAUGAGCACUUCAUUAAGAUCAAAGUGUCAAAGCUUCUUUGUUGGAAUGUAUUUCGAUGGAUGAGUUUCAGUUUUAUUUGCCUGGGAUAAACAAAACCUAGGCACACCAUUUAUUUUUAAAGGAAAUAAAAAUUGGCUAUUGCAGCUGAUCAGAAUUGGCCUGCAUGGAAGGAAAUGCACUGCCUAUCAAAAGCAUGGAAUGGUAAGAAUGGCAUGGUCCUCCAAUGAAAACAGAUCAACUGAUGUUCCACAAAGUUUCAUGGUGCCAUUCGCAAGACUAAUUAUUUCAAAGAAGUCUCUUGUAUUUUUGUAUGCCUGUGAUAUAUGCGCUUAUUGAUGCCUGUGCUCUAACAGGGAAAAUGGAAGUAAUUGUUAACUUGGAUUUCCAUGUGAAUUAGAUUUGUACUGUACAAUUAAUUGACAUACUAAAUUGUUUGCUCAUUGCAUUUAGAUAAACAGAAUAUUUACAUAAUGA